AUGAGCUGGGCCGCCCGUGCCCCAACCCGGGAGCAGGUGGACAGCCCGGGCGAGGAGGCCGAGGUCAAGGUCAAAGUCAAGGUCAAGGCGAGGCGGGCCCGGGCCCAGCCGGGGGGCGGCUCCGGGAGAGAUGCGCCCUGGGCGAGGCUAAGAAGCCUCGAGGGUCCCGGCUCCCCCUCGUCCCUCGGGACCCCGGGAUGGGGUCCCCGGCCCUGCCACCCCGCGCUCCCGCCCCCUGCGCGCUACUCUGCGCGCUGCUCUGUGCCUGCCUGCCCCGAGGUGAGCGGGACCGGCCGGUGCCCAGCCACAGCUCCGGGGGGCGGCACCGAACCGGGGUCGGUCCGGACGGCCGAGUCCGGCCGCGGACAAGGGGCAGAUCCGACGGGAGACCCUUUGGCUGGUCCUGGACACCAGGAAUCUGACACCUCGAUUUAUAGCUGGUCCUCUCACUGGGACAGACCACGUCGUAGCACCAAGUGUGAGCUACCCUAUUUGUUCUCGUGUUUCAACGGAGGCGAGUGUGUAAACCAGAGAUUCUGUGACUGCCGCCGGUUCAAUGCAACGGGGCCAAGGUGCCAGGCGGUGUAUAAUCCAGGCCUGGAGAGAGAUAGCAUCUGCCGGACAUGGGGGCAGUACCAUUUUGAAACGUUUGAUGGACUCUAUUACUACUUCCCUGGAAAAUCCACUUAUGCCCUGGUGAGGCAGCAUGAGGUGGAGGAACAGAGUUUCUCAAUUCAGGUUCACAAUGACCCAGAGUGCAGAUCCUUCCCCUACUCCUGCACACGUUCCAUUAGCCUCUAUUUCGCUGGAGAGGAAGAGGUCCGGUUAAGUGGCAACGUUACUUCCAAAGGCGUUGGCGUCCAGCUGCCACACGUCUUGGGAAAACUGCAGAUCCAGCGAGUCGCCGAGUACGUGAUAGUGAGACAUCAGUUUGCCUUCACCCUGGCCUGGGAUGGCACCUCGGCCAUCUACAUUAAGAUGAGUCCUGAAUACAUCGGCAAAACCCAUGGAUUGUGUGGAAACAACAACGCCAUUCCCCAGGAUGACCUGCUGACUAGCUUUGGAAAAUUGACUGAAGAUGUGGCAGAAUUUGUGAACAGCUGGAAGGAAGAGUCGCCCAAAGAAGUUCCCUUUCAGAAUGUCUCCUUUCUCUCCCAAUCACCAUGUCUGGGGCAGAGCCAAGAGUCAAUGCAGGCAAUAUAUGAGCUGUGUGAAACUCUGCUGAGAUCCCCAUUUGAGUUGUGUCACGACUAUGUGAGUCCUCAUCCCUUUAUGGCUGCCUGCACCAGUGACCUUUGCCUGUCGGCGGCUGACAGCUCGGCAUGGUGCCGAGCGCUGACUGAGUAUGCCCGGGCCUGUGCCCACGCAGCCCGUCCACUGCACAGCUGGCGGGCGCAGUUUCCCCUUUGCGCCAUCACCUGCCGGAACAGAGACUUCACCUACAAUGAGUGUGUCACCUGCUGCCCGGUCACCUGCAGGCAGCAGGCCUCGUGUGUGGACAGCGAGAUCGUCUGUGUGGAUGGCUGCUACUGUGCCAAUGGUCUCAUCUAUGAGAAUGAGGGUUGCGUCCAGCCCACCGAGUGCCCCUGCGACUUCCAUGGGAGUUUCUACCCGACUGGCUCAGUCGUGCAUGAUGACUGCAACAACUGCACGUGUGUCAGCGGUGCAUGGGUCUGCACUGAUGCUGUUUGUCCAGCGGAGUGCUCUGUGACGGGAGACAGUCACUUCAUGACCUUCGACGGACGCAGAUACACGUUUCCAGCGACGUGCCACUACAUCCUGGCCAAGAGCCACUCCUCGGGGGAGUUCACCAUCACCCUGCAGAACACACCGUGUGGGCUGAACCAGGACGGAGCCUGUAUCCAGUCAGUCAAUCUCAUCUUGAACCAGGACCCCCGUAGGCAGGUGACGCUGACUCACUCGGGAGACGUCCUCUUGUCUGACCAGUACAAGAUCAGCCUGCCCUACACGGAUGACUCCUUUGAGAUCCGGAAGCUGUCCUCCAUCUUCCUGCAAGUGCAGACCAGGAUCGGGGUGCAGGUGAUGUACGACUGCGAGGGCCUGCGGCUCUACCUGCGGGUGGACGCCCGCUGGAAAGAAGACACCGUCGGGCUGUGCGGAACCUUCAACGGGAACAUGCAGGAUGACUUUCUGUCUCCAGUGGGGGUACCAGAGAGUACCCCACAGCUGUUUGGAAACUCCUGGAAAACAUUAUCUGCAUGCACCUCUGAAGGUAUAAGCACUCCCAUGGACCCCUGUGAUGUGCACCUUCAGGCGGCUUCGUAUGCAGCAGAGUCAUGCAGCAUCCUCACCGGAGAGCUCUUCGCCCCGUGCUCCUCCUACCUCAGCCCCAUCUCCUACUAUGAACAGUGCCGCCGGGACACCUGCAAGUGCGGGCAGGUCUGCCUCUGCUCUGCCCUGGCCCACUAUGCCCACCAGUGCCGCCGCUACGGGGUCUCCAUCGACUUCCGUCCUCAUUUCCCAGACUGCACUGUGUCAUGCAAGGACACUCAGGAGUACAGUUCCUGCUCCUCCAGCUGCGGGCAGACCUGCCAGGCCCUCUCGGUGCCCGAGACGUGCAGCGGAGAGUGUGUGGAGGGCUGCACCUGCCCCGCCGGCACCUACCUGCACAGCGAAGCCGGGAGAUGCGUCCCCAGAAGCGAGUGCCCCUGCUAUUUCCAAGGAAUCGAAUAUCCACCUGGAGAAAAUAUCGUUACAUCCUUGGGCAACUGCCACUGCAGAGAUGGGAUGAUGAGCUGUGAUAGCAAAGCUGCCGACUCCGCCUGCCCCCCCGGCCAGGUGUUUGUGAAUUGCAGCCACCCACGAGCCACUACAGGGCUGAGCAGAGAGAGGACCUGUGAGGACCAACUGCUGAAUCUGACUGUCCCGGCGCACUUGCCCUGCCUCUCAGGCUGUGCUUGUCCACAAGGCCUGGUCAGACAUGGGGACGAGUGCUUUGUUCCAGAAGAGUGCCCCUGCUCAUGGAAAGGGAAGGAAUACUUUCCAGGGGACAAAGUCCACUCCUCCUGCCAUACCUGCACCUGCCAACAUGGGUCAUUUCAGUGCACCUUCCAUCCAUGCGCAUCCAUCUGCACGACAUAUGGGGACAGGCACUUCCGCACCUUUGACGGACUCCCAUUUGACUUUGUUGGAGCAUGUAAAGUGCACCUGGUGAAGGGGAUAUCAGACAUCAGUUUCUCAGUCAUUAUAGAGAAUGUGAACUGCUUCAAUACUGGAAUCAUUUGUAGGAAAUUUCUUUCUAUCAAUGUUGGAAAAUCUUUCAUCAUCUUUGAUGAUGACACGGGGAACCCGGGCCCGGGAAGCUUCUUAGCUGAGGAGCAGCAGGUCCAUGUCUGGCGAGCCGGGUUCUUCACGCUGGUGCAUUUCCCUCACGAGCACAUCACCCUCCUGUGGGACCAGGGGACAACAGUCCACAUCCAGGCCGGACCACGGUGGCAGGGAGAGCUGUCAGGGUUGUGUGGAAAUUUUGAUUUAAAGACAGUCAACGAGAUGAGGACCCCAGAGAACUUUGACUUGACAAAUGCACAGGAGUUUGGUAACAGCUGGGCUGCAGGCGAGUGCAUGGACAGCUCUGACACCCGGGACCCCUGUGGCCUGAACCCACUCCGGGAGCCAUUCGCCAAGAAGGAGUGUGGCCUUCUGCUCAGCGAUGUGUUUGAGACUUGCCACUCCAUGGUCGAUGUCACCUGGUUUUAUUCAAAUUGCUUGACAGACACAUGUGGUUGUAACCGAGGGGGAGACUGCGAAUGUUUCUGUACAAGCAUUUCGGCCUACGCGCACCAGUGCUGUCAGCACGGCGUCUCCGUGGAUUGGCGCUCCCCCAGAAUCUGCCCUUACGACUGCGAAUACUUUAACAGAGGCCUGGGGAAGGGUCCCUAUCAGCUGGUCAGUUACUUGGAAGGAGGCAUCUUGAUGGCAGCCAGGAGAUCAGGUGGCCCCGUGUUCCCAGCCCGGAGAGAAGACCUUGUUCCAGGGGACACAGUGAGCUUCAGACUGACCGCUGGGAUGUACAAGUCCAGGACACAUGAUCAGAGCCUGGUGUCGUUCGAAACAGCGGACCGACCCAAUUACUUUCUCCAACUGGCCCACAAUGGCUCCCUGGCCCUCUCCAGGUGGGAGGCCACCGACACAUUCCAGAACCGGUCCACAUUCACCGUCCACAAGAACACUUGGGUCAUGGGCUACAGCUCCUUCGAGUCCUCUGCCAAGCCGGGCUACUUCAUCCACAUCUCAGUCACCGCAGUCUCCUUGAAGAAAUAUCAUCACUCGGAGGAGUUCCGCCUGUCCACUCUUUUUAAGCUUGUGGAUGCCGAGUUUCCGGCUCCAGCCCCGUCUUCCUGCGAGUGGCACUAUGACUCCUGCACGAGCCCUUGUUUCAGAACCUGCAGGGACCCCGAAGGAGACGACUGCCAGGAAGUUCCUAAAGUGGAAGGCUGUGUCCCUGUGUGUCUUGACCAUAUGGUCCUGGAUGAAAUCACUCAGAGAUGCGUGUAUCUGGAAGACUGCAUUGAGGCCACAGCUGCCCUCCCCUCCCGGGUUCCCAGCAGAGAUAUGACUUCCCCUCGGGAAGAUGAAGCCAUGGACGCGAGGAUGACUCGGCCACAAGCGAGCACCACCCAGGAGACCAGCCUCGGUCCUGGGGCACCCAGGACCAAUGCCAGCCUCACACUGGCCCUCACUGCCACUAGCGCUGGGCCGCGGACCCGAACACAGCCCAGCCCCUCCACACUGCCCUUUCAGGAAAUGCAUUUGCCUGUCAUCACGGGAGUUGAGCCCCAGACCUUGGCUAUGGAGGAAAUGGGAUUAGCCAUGGGGAAGACCUCUGGGAGCACUGCCCCUACUCUCCAAGAGAAGACUACAGAGCAGGGAGUCACUGAGCCAGUGUUUUGGCCCUCUGUCUCUCAGGCCACAGCUAUGGGGAAGCCGGGGACAGACCACUCCCCUCCCCCAAGCACCACUGCCCCCAGCCCUCUAUCCCCCACAGCCCUGCAAGUGACUCCAUCUGCAGAGGGGCCCAGCCCAGGGCCAACCACUGUGAAAAUGGCCCAAGUGACACUGAUUUUAACUGCAAAAGCAACUCACUUCCCUGGCUCCUUCCCAACUCUCCCUUUUCCAGGAGUGACCUCUACUUCAGCCCAGCCCUCUCCUCCCACCAGUCCAGCCAGGCCCAGGCCCACAAAGACAAUGGCCAUGUCCUCAUCUGGUGCAGAGCAUCCCGGGGCCGCGUCUGUGGCAGCAGACACCAUUUCUCCUGUAGAAAGGCCUCUGGGGACAGCUGCCGUGCCCUCAGCCCCAGCUGCUGUGACACCAGCCCGGGUCAUUGGGUCCUUUCCUUUAGCCACCACAUCUCAGUCCAUGUCACCAGCUGUGUCUCCCUCAGCUGCCACAUCCUGGCCACCCCCAUCUGUUGUGCCACAGUCUUCAGCUGCCAUUCCUCCAGCCCGAACUCCCGCUGCAUCUCCGUCAACUCCAACGAUCCCACCCACGUCCACAGCUGUCUCUCUGCCCCCGUCUCCAGCUCCAUCUCCCUCAGCUCCCAUGACCCUGCCCACGAUUCCGGCCGUGUCUCUGCCCCGAUCUCCUGCUGUGUCUCCCUCAGCUUCCAAGACCACGUCCACAUCUCCAGCUGUGUCUCCAACCCCACCUCCACUUCUGUCUCCCUCAACUACCCCGUCCCCCUCCUCAUCUGCUGUGUCUCCUUCGGCUACCAUGUCCUCAUCCCCAAUUCCUGCUCCGUCUCCCUCAACUCCCAAAUCCCUGCCCAUGUCUCUGGCUGUGUCUCUGCCAAUGUCUCUGGCUGUGUCUCUGCCCCCAUCUCCAGCUCUGUCUCCCUCAGCUCCCAUGUCCCCUCUCCCAUCCUCAUCUACCCCGUCCCCCUCCCCGUCUGCUGUGUCUCCUUCAGGUACCCCAUCCUCAUCCCCCUAUGCUCUGUCUCCUUUGGCUGCUGUGUCCUCAUUCACAUCUCCUGCUGUGACUCCCUCAGCUGCUCCACCUCCGCCCCCAUAUUCUGCCACCCCAACUCCGGCAGUCCUGUCAGCACGUGUCAUGUCCAUUGCCCCAGCUCAGCCACAGACCCCUACCUUGGUGGUGUUGACAACCAGACAGGCCGACAAGACCCUAGAGGCUGUGGAAGCCCCAAAAUGCUUGACCAAGCUGACUGCCAGCAUGAGCUCCCACACACCCUCCUCAGAGGCCCAAACAAGCACCCAUGCACAAGAAACUAACACUCCAGUGCCCUCACACCACACAGAGACAGAAAAGAUUGAGUCACUGCCUCCCCCGGAGCCCCACGAGGGGGGAAGGGUCCCUCACCCAACAACACUCUUCUCCUCUAAGGCCUCUUCCCCAAGCCCUGUCACCCCUCUGACAACGCUGAAGAUGCCCCUUCUCUCCCAGGCUCCCCAGAGCACCACUGCCACCAGCUCGUCGAUGAAGCUCCUCCCAGCUCUCUCCACAGCCCCAGAGGCUGAGGCCCCAGUCUCUGAAUUCCCCAAAUCACCUCUCCUUCUCCCUGAGCAGCUGCCCCUCACCAGAGCCCCUCUGAAAAAGAUGAUAACCUCAGUGGCCUCUCAGCCCCCUGAGGUGACCAGCUCAGCUCCAUCUAUUGCCUGGCCUCCUACCCAUAUGCCUUUAACCCACACUGGCCCCCUUCCUGGUCAAAGUACUCCCACCCAGCCUGAAAGAGUGUUGGCUCUCUCCUAUCCGGUCCCAACCUCACUGCAGCCGGUCAAGGCUAUCGGCCUCCUGAGUCCUCCGGCCCCGACGGUCCCAGCUGCUGUCCACCUCGUCAGUCAGGAAGUACCUCUGUCUUCCAGCUCAACCUCCACUCCGCACUUGGACGUCCCACCGCCAGUCCGGGCUCCCACCCCGGCGAGGUCUGCCGAACCUGAGCCGACCCAGGCAUCCAUGGCCGUGCCCAUCCCGAGUAAGAGCGUCACAGAGAGGAUGGCUGUACUGUCCAAGCAGGCACCUCCCUCAACAUCCAUGUCCAGCUCACCCCGGGAUGUGGGCAUGGGGCCACCCGCCAGGCCGCACCCUGUGGAGCCCACCUCAGCUGAGGCAGGACACCCGGAGUUCAUUUCAGACUUCAUCACGAUGCCCCCGCCUUCCUCGCAGCCCCUGCCUCUCACUCCUCAGACCAUGAGGGUCUCUGUUCCUGACAGGACCACCUCUCAGAUCCCAGAAUCAUACCCUGUGCCCUCUGAGUCCUGGAAGCCCCCCGAGAUGUCAUCGAUCCCCUCAGCUGCCUCUCUGACACAAGGACCAGUUCACCCCAGCAUCCCUGGUGCCACUGCAGGUCCCCCGACUUCCCGUUUCCCAGCAGGACUGGCUGGUGGGUCCACCCCCAAGUCGGCCAGAGGAGCAGAAGUGCCCCCAACAUGUGUGCCUGUCAUCGAGGCAGAAUGCGUCAGGCACCUCUGCCUGGAGGGCCAGCUGAUCCAGGUGAACCAAUCCCAGCACUGCCCCUUCAGCGCCAGGCCGCCCAGCUGCGGGCUCAGAGGGCCUGCCGUCCGUGUCCGUGGAGACAAGUGCUGCCCGCAGUGGGAAUGUGCAUGCCGCUGCUCCUUCUUUCCUGACCUGAAUGUGGUGACAUUUGAUGGGAACCAUGUGGCUGUAUUUAAAGAAGCCGCCUACGUGGUCAUACAGAGCCGGGACGAAGUGGUCACCGUCCACGUCGUGCACUGCGAGAGUGAAGCCCUGGGCCAUUUGAGUUCCCGCCCUCUGUGCCUGGCAAGGAUGAGUGUAACCCACCGGGACAACGAGGUCAUUGUGGACCGGCUCAACAGAAGAGUAACUGUGAACUCCAAGUUUGCCCUGUCCCCAGUCCAGAAACAUGGGUUCAAGAUCAAGGACACUGGAAACAUGUAUGUGAUCAGGACGCCCGUAAACAGUCACAUUCAGUGGUUUCAUAGCUCUGGGCUGAUGGUUCUAGAAUGGAAUGGAACCAGCGAAUCCUCCACCAGAGGACUCUGUGGCUUCUGUGAUGGAGAAGUGGGGAAUGACCUCAUGCUGCCCAAUGGCACUGUCCUCGAAUAUGCAGAUGACCCAGCCACUUUUCUGGACAGCUGGCUGGUGCCCACCUCAUUGAAGUCUGAGGGCAAGGCCCGCUACCGCAAAGCCAACUGUUCCACCACUGAUUGCUCAGCCUGUGUCCAGAUGGUGUCCAAUUGGACCUUCCGCCACUGCCAUGCUCACGUGUCCCCGAGAGAGUUCUGUGAGCUCUGGGUCCGGGACACAGAGCUCAUCCAGCACCCCUGCAUGGCGCUGACUGCCUACGUGGCCAUAUGCAACAGGUUUAAUGUCUGCGUGGAGUGGCGGAGCCCGCAUCACUGCCCUUUUCCCUGCCCCGGAAACUCUGCGUACCAGCCCUGCCUGGCAGCAUGUGCCAAGGCCCGGACAUGCCGGGAGAGCGACCUGGAAGACCAGGAGACCGACCUGUGCCAGGGGCUUAGUGAGGGCUGUGUCUGUUCAGAGGGGACAUUGUUGCACAGGCCCUACGCCCCUCUCUGUGUCCCCGAGGAAAAAUGUGCCUGCACGGACAGCUCAGGAGUCCCCCGGGCCCUGGGGGAAACCUGGAACACCUCUCUCAGCGGCUGCUGUGUGCACCGGUGCGUGGACAACGAGACCGUCAUCCCCGUGGAGCCCCCCUGCCCCGAGCCCCCCCAGGGGUGCCUCCGCUUUGGGGAAGUGGCUUUGAUGCUGCCUAAUGACCACUCCUGCUGCCCAAGGACCAUCUGUGUGUGCAAUCAAACACUGUGUGACAGUCUCAUCCCCGAAUGCAAGAGCUCAGAGAAACUAAUCCCAUCCUACCAGGAAGAUUCUUGCUGCCCCAACUACAAGUGUGCUUGUGACCCGGAGAAGUGUGAGCCAGUGGGCCAGGCUCCCCGCUGCCGCCAGGACCAGACUCUGAUAGCCGGCUGGCUGGAGCACACCUGCUGUAUCUCCUACAUUUGUGCCUGUGGCGUUUGCUCAGAUCAGAUCCCGAAGUGUCAGGAAGGAGAGGUACUCAUGGUGGCUGGGAACAUCACUGAGGAGCGCUGCUGCCCAGCUUACCACUGCGUGUGUGAGAGUUUCCGUUGCCCCCGGAUCAGCUGUAGCAUGGGGACGGCUCUGGUGGAGGUGUGGAGCCCUGCAAGAUGCUGCCCCUAUCAGACGUGCGAGUGCAAAUGCAACACGAUCCCAGUGCCUCAGUGCCCCCUGGGGGAGAAGCUCGAGGUGGACAAGAAGUUCCAGGAGAGUGUGGAGAAUGUCUGCAACUGCACCACCUAUAAGUGUGUGAGGGAGCGGGUGUGCGUCAGCCGCCAGCGCGGGGUCCUGCGGCCCGGACAGACGGUCGUGGAGCACGGCGCCGACGGCAGGUGCCUCACCUCCCGCUGCACCCACGUCCUGGACCCGGACACCAACUUCUAUCAGAUCAACACCACGUCCGUCAUUUGUCAACGCAACUGCACAGCCAACCAAGAGUAUGAGCCCCCAAGAGAUGUGUCCACCUGCUGCGGGACCUGCAGAAAUGUGUCCUGCCUUCAUACAUUCCCCAAUGGCACUGUGUCCAAGUUUAAGCCUGGAACCUCGUGGAUUUCUAACUGUGUCAGGUACGACUGCACCAGUACCGAGGUGGGGGCCAUCCUGGUUGACUCACCCAUCAGCUGCCCACCCUUCAAUGAAACAGACUGCCUGAAGAGUGGAGGGUACGUGGUGCCUUUCCUGGAAGGCUGUUGCCGGACAUGCAAGGAAGAUGGAAAGUCCUGUAGAAAAGUGACUGUGCGCAUGACGAUCAGGAAGAAUGACUGCAGAAGUAACAUGCCGGUGAACAUCGUGUCCUGUGAUGGGAAGUGUCCCUCCGCGAGCAUCUACAACUACAACAUCAACACUUAUGCUCGCUUCUGCAAGUGCUGCCGGGAACUGGGCCUGCAGAAGCGCUCCGUGCAGCUGUACUGCACCAGCAAUGCCACCUGGGUCACCUACACCAUCCAGGAGCCCACCGACUGCUCCUGCCAGUGGUCCUGAGGCUAUGGUGGGGAUGACCCCUGCCAGGAGGCUUGGCCACCAGCCCAUUCCCUCAGUCCCGGGGUUGCAACCCCACGGGUGGCCCAGACCAGCCCUUUCUCACCCAACCCUAAGAACAAGGCACAGUCCCGCAAGCUCCAUCACAUUCCCUCCAGCUGGCCCCAGCCAAAAUGACAUUCCCUCCUUCUUGCCCCAACCGAAAUGACCGAAGUGACCUCGGACGGCUCUGCCGCCAUCAGCACUCACAAGAGACUCCCGAGGUGGACGUUUGUGUCAGUGGUGUUCCGGGUUGGGGUGAUGGGCAUCAACUCUUCCUGGGAAAGACGUAGCCUCUCAUGGAAUCUAGUAACGGUUUUAAGGGAAGGGCCCCCUGCUCUGCCAGGGAGAGUUUGAGUACAGUGCAGUCCAGUGGCAGGCAGAUGGACUGGACCACCUCCUAAAGGCCUAAUGAGCCUGGCCAAUGCUGUAAAAAUGCCACUCCUGAAGAAUUCCUCACUCCUAUUCAAUCCUCUGUUCCUGAAGAAUUCCCCACUCCUAAGGCUGCCCAGAAGCAUGGGCUGGGCUGCAGGUGAUGGGGUUGGGAAGACAAAGGAUGAUGAGGCAAGGAUGAGCUUAGAGUGGUUAGUCCAAACUCGAGGAUUUGGCUCUUUCAGCAAGGAAGACCUGAGGGCAGAAGAGGAGGAAAUGGGCUCUGACUGUAGCUAGAGGGGCAGAGAUGUGGAGAAUUCCUUCCCUUCCUGGAUGGGGAGCUCAGCAAAGGCAGCUCCUGUAGACUGUAAGCUCACUGUGGGCAGGGAAUGUGUCUACUGACUCUGUUAUAUUGCAUUGUCCCAAGUG